AUGCCUAUCGCUACUUCCAACAUCCCUGCUAUUUUGAACGUCGGCGUGAUCGGACUUGGUCGUAUGGGUCAGCGACAUGCUAACAACGUCGCGUUUGCUACACCACGUGCUAGGCUUGUUGCAGCUUGCGAUUUGCGGAAGGACAACGUGACUUGGGCUAAGAAAGCUCUGCCUUCCGGCACCAGAGUAUACGAAGACGAAGAUGCAUUUUUCAACCAUGAAAGACUGGAUGCCGUAUUGAUUGCCACAGAGACCAGUACCCAUGCCCCCCUGGCUUUGAAGGCUUUGCAAUAUGGCAAACAUGUGUUAGUAGAAAAGCCUAUCUCAGUUGAUCAAGACACAGCGGAGCAAUUCGAAUUACAAGCUGGGGAAUUUCCAAAUCUAAAAGUCAUGGUCGGAUUCUCUCGUCGAUUUGAUCAAUCAUAUCAAGAAGCCAAACAAUUGAUUGAUUCUGGGGUUGUCGGGAAACCUUUCCUAGUGAAAUCGUCUACCAAUGAUCAGUAUGAUCCAUCGGGAUUCUUCAUCGCGUAUUCUGCCAAAUCGGGAGGCAUCUUCAUGGAUUGUGGUAUCCAUGACAUCGACAUGGCUCGACACCUUCUCGAGAUCACACCAGCAGACCGAGUUAAGCGAGUAUUCGCAAGUGGUACAAAUGUCCGACACCCCGAGCUCGCUGACAGUGGCGAUGCCGAUAACGCUUUGGGCUUCGUUGAAUACGAAAGCGGAAAGAGCUUUACUUUCCAUCUUAGUAGAACCGCCAUUCACGGACAUGAUUGCGCUUGCGAGGUGCAUGGUGAAGAAGCCAAGCUGAUCGUCAAUCAGAACCCCAGGCUCAACCGUCUCGAACUGGCUGACCAGUAUGGAGUACGAUCCUUAUCAACCCCGACUUACUAUGAGCGAUUCAGAGAGGCUUUUGUAACGGAGGUGAACGAAUUCGUUGCCUGUGUGCUUGAUGAUAAGCCUAUUCCAUCAACCAUUCAUGAUGCGAUAGAAGCCGGGAGCAUCGCGCAGGCUUUGACCUACUCGUUCCGUCAAGGCAAGCCAAUCCUGUUUGACCAAGACAACAAAGCGAUUUUGGCUUAA